AUGUCAAGCCUUGGUGAUAUACCUGCGAAUAAYUUAUCUCCGGCUAGUUCGAAUCCCCAUUCAACGGCUAGCGCAUCUCCUAUUAGGACCAAACAAGAAGAUUCWAAAAACUCCUCUGAUCUGGCUUUGGCUGAACCRGCUGCGGCUGAACCAGCUAUCGAACUACCAAAGAAACCCCUCUCUGCCUAUACCACCGUCUCGAUUCUGUGUUUGAUGAUUGGGUUUGGUGGGUUCAUCUUUGGUUGGGAUACCGGUACAAUCUCGGGUUUUGUCAACCUCUCCGACUUCGUCAAAAGAUUUGGCCAAAAAAACGACAAGGGAAUUUACUACCUGUCAAAAGUGAGAAUGGGGCUGAUUGUUUCGAUAUUCAACGUUGGUUGUGCCGUGGGCGGGAUUCUUUUGUCAAAAGUAGGUGAUAUAUAUGGCCGCCGUAUUGGUUUAAUUGCGGUCACGUCUAUCUAUGUCGUGGGCAUCCUAGUCCAAAUCACCUCGACACAUAAAUGGUACCAAUACUUCAUCGGCAGAAUCAUUUCCGGUUUAGGCGUGGGAGGCAUUGCCGUCCUCUCCCCAAUGCUAAUAUCCGAGGUGUCUCCAAARCAGAUCAGAGGUAACCUUGUCCAACUGUAUCAGCUGAUGGGGACAAUGGGUAUUUUCCUGGGCUACUGCACCAACUACGGUACAAAGAACUACGACGACUCGACCCAGUGGAGGGUCGGCCUUGGCCUUUGCUUUGCCUGGGCUACAUUCAUGAUCAGCGGGAUGAUGUUCGUGCCCGAGUCGCCACGUUUCCUGGUCGAAGUUGGUAAGCAUGAAGAAGCCAAACGUUCCAUAUCGAAAUCUAACAAGGUUUCAGUCGAUGACCCUGCUCUAUUAGCCGAAUAUGACGCUAUAAGGGCGGGUAUCGAGCUCGAAAAGCUAGCAGGUAACGCAUCAUGGGGCGAGCUUCUCUCCACAAAGACAAAGGUGUUCCAACGUGUGAUCAUGGGAGUCAUGAUCCAAUCUUUGCAGCAACUAACCGGUGACAAYUACUUCUUCUAUUACGGCACGACRAUCUUCAAGUCUAUUGGUCUAAAAGACUCCUUCCAAACAUCGAUCAUCAUUGGUGCAGUCAAUUUUUUCUCUUCAUUCGUGGCAAUAUACACCAUCGAGAGGUUUGGACGCCGUACGUGCCUGUUGUGGGGUGCCGCCGCCAUGCUAUGCUGCUUUAUUGUGUUCGCCUCCGUCGGUGUAACCAAGCUUUGGCCUGAGGGAAGCAGUCAUCAGGAUAUCACAUCUCAAGGUGCUGGUAACUGUAUGAUUGUUUUCACCAUGUUUUUCAUUUUUGCGUUCGCUACCACCUGGGCAGGCGGCUGCUUUGUUAUCGUGUCAGAAACCUUUCCGCUUAGAGUCAAAUCAAGAGGUAUGGCGAUCGCAACGGCUGCGAACUGGAUGUGGGGUUUCAUAAUUAGUUUCUUCACUCCUUUCAUCACCGGUGCCAUCAAUUUUUACUAUGGCUAUGUCUUCAUCGGCUGUCUAUGUGUUGCCUUCUUUUACGUCUUUUUCUUUGUCCCAGAAACGAAGGGCCUGACGCUAGAAGAGGUCGACACUAUGUGGCUAGAAGGCAUUCCACCAUGGAAGUCGGCUUCAUGGGUGCCACCGGACAGAAGAACCGCAGAUUACGAUGAGGAUGCUGUGGCUCAUGACGAUAGACCAGCUUACAAAAGGUUCUUCUCCAACUGA